AUGUCUUCGCCCAUCCGUCAGCCUUCCACCCAGCGAGAUCCAGACUUGGGGAGUUCGACUCAUGUUCAUCAGACAAACACAGCCCUAGACGAAGAGGUUGUAAGAACUGUUGUCUCUUCCUCCAAUGACGCCAGAAACGUGUUGUUCAAGGUCGCCAAUGAGUAUGACACCGAUGACCCGGACGACCAACCCGGUUACGCCAACGUCUUGGACGACGUCAGUCUAGCUUCUCCCUUGACCAACAACACCAAAGUCUCCCAUCAAGCUCCCCAGGUGGUGGUUCUAUCGAAUCUCACAAAGGCAGAUGCCGAGUUAUGGAGUCGUCAGAGGUUCGUCCGUCAGGGCUGGUUUACUGCUCAAGAAGCAAUUACCUACAUCGAUCUAUUCUUCCAGAACUUAUCCUUUCUGUCGCCCAUUCUCGAUACCUUCUUUGCCGAUCACAAAAACCACAAACAUCUAAUCAUCGAGGAGCCUCUCCUGUGCUGCACCUUGUUGAUGAUCUCUUCGCGUUAUCAUAUUCUCCCAGGUUAUGAUGGUCCAUCUCGAGCCGAUUUUAUCCACAUGAGACUCUGGAAGUAUUGCGAGCACUUGAUCAACCGCAUCACUUUCGGUGCUGAAAAGUACUGCACAGCCCGGACGCGGACAUUGUGCAGUAUACAGGCUUUACUUCUUAUCACGGAAUGGCACCCUCGAGCUGUACGGUUCCCUCCGGAAAGCGACGGCUGGGAUCACGGUCUAGCUCCCGGCGUCGACGACUCUUACGGUCAUCCUCAUGGGGUAAUCAACCCCAACGCCAUCAGAUGGCGAGAGGAGGUCUUUGAGCCAGCCAAGAGAUCGGAUAGGAUGAGCUGGUCAUUGGUCGGCUUGGCAACUACGUUGGCUCACGAACUCGGCGUCUUUCAAGACACUGGGGAUGAGAUUGGUGAUUCUACAACAGGAUCUCAGCCGAGCCGUGCGCUGAUUCAGAGACUACUCUUUCUGUACAUCCACCAACUAACACUCCGGCUGGGCUGCACAAGCAUCUUUCCUCAGACCCUUCAGCUAGCUACAUAUUUACCCCCGGCCGCGUCCACACCUGAAAGGCGUUUCUAUUAUGACCGAGAGGUGAUGCUUUCGCAGUACAUCGGCAUAACUAAGUUACUCAAGACCGCUACAGAUACUUUCUUUCCAAGCAAGCGAAUGGCUAGACAAGUCAUCAGAAGUGGCAGAUACCUGACGCUACUUGGGCACUUCACCCCACUAUUGGACUCGUGGUACAAAGAGUUUACCGACCUCGAAUUACCCACUAUCUCGGACGCCUCAAAGCAACUUCUACUACUCGAGUACUACUACGCCACUAUGUACAUCAACUCGGUCGGCAUCCAGGCAUUUGUCGAAAGAGCCUCACACCGAGAUAGCCAGCACAUGUUUAUGCAUGCCAGCGGCAUUCAUCUCAGCGACUACCCCCAAGAUCUAACCUUUAACGACGCCGUCAGAGAGGCCAGCUGCAACAUCCUCGCCAUCGCCAUCAAGCUCGGCGAGAGUGGAUGCCUGAGAUACUGCCCAGUCCGCCCUCUUUUGAGACUUGUCGUUGCCUCAGUUUUUCUGCUGAAGUCUCUCAGCUUGGGGGUGAGAAAUCGCGACAUGUUUCGCUCGCUUGACAUCCUGGACAAAUUUAUCAUGGCAUUAAAGGAGAACCGGCACGAUGACGUUCAUCUCUCCGUGAGGUAUGCCACGCUCAUAGCUCGGCUUAUCCGGCGGUUCAAGAGAAAUCUUCGCACACAGACCAGCCUCAGUGUUUCCAAGGUUGUAUCCCCGGAACCUAGGGCAGCUCGUUCAUGCAGACAGUCGUUGGGGCUCAAUGGUGGACAGAACGGGGUCGCAGACAUUAUUACUGGGGAUAUGAGCCUUGGGCAAGGAGAUGCUGGCAACUUCUCCAAUGACGCUCAUCUCAACAUGGACGAGUGGUUUGCACAGCCGUUUGAUCCAUCUUUGGCCCCGUUUGGUUUGGAGCUGGAUGCCGGAAUGUCAGAUCCAGUGCCAGAGUCGUUAGACUUUCUCUGGAAUAUUCCAUAUCAGUAA